GCGCGGAGGGCGUGGCCGGCCUGUGAGAUGUCAGGGAGGAAUGGCGCUCGGCGCGGUAUUUUGAACAAUCGCUUUUUCCUUUCCUCGUUUAAUCUGGAAACGCUGCCCGGCCCGUGAAUCUCAGGAUCAACAGAGAGCUGAGACUGUGCAAACAUGGACGUAGUCUCACCGGAGCUCAACAGCCUCCUUCCUGAUGAGAUCAUGGACACCGAGGCCAUAGAGGACGUCUCCCACUCCCAGCCGGCUCCGGUCCAGCCGGAGGCCGCCGACGACACGUCGGUCCCGAUGGAAACGGACACGCCCGCUUCGUCGGCGGCUCUGAGCGCCUCCACGGCCACAGACUCCACGCUCAGCAUCAACCUCCCCGUCUCGGCCUCCAGCGCGUCGUCGGCGUCGUCGCCCCGUCUCACCCUCAAACCCGUCAUGGCCACGUCCACGGCCACGACCAAAACCACGGAUAGCCUCACGGGGACCAGCGUCACGACGAGCGGCCUCCAGAAGCUCACGGCUCCGUUCACCAUCUCCGCCGCGAACCACCAGAUCAUCCUCAACAAGGUGGCGUCAUCUCAAGCCACGGAGGCGGCGAAGUCCGCUGCAGGCGCUCCGGCCCAGGUCAUCAAGCAGGACGGACAGAAACUCUUGGUCACGGCGAUAGGGAAGUCGGGGCAGCCUAUCGUGCUCCAGUUACCGCACACAGCCGGAAAGCCCGGCGUCCCACAGACUUCAGGAGACCCCAAAUCUCCCACGCCACAGUUUAAAGUGGUGACUAUUGGCGGGAGGUCGGAGCUGAAGCCGAUGACGGGGAACGCGGGGGGUCAGGUGACCACGAUACAGACGCAGCAGCUCAAGACAGUGCAGAUCCCGAAGAAAACGCCCGUGUCGUCGGCUGCACCGAUCAAGUUCAUCAUCACCAAAACCGUCAACAGCAAAGGUCUGAGUCCUCAGACGUCGGUCGCUCCUGUGAUCGCAGGACGCGUCCUGACCCAGAGUUCACCAGUGAUGCCUCAGAGAACCAUCACCAUCACGGAGACACACAACACUACGCUACAGAGCCUCCCCGGGAAAAAGAUCGCAAUAUCACCACUCAAGACCCCCAGCAAGGUGACCGUGGUGUCGGUGGCGUCUCCGACCUCCAACGCGUCCCAGAAAUCUGUAGCGCUGCCCGUCAACGUGGCCCUCGGCCAACAGAUCCUCACGGUCCAACAGUCCACGUCUGCGUCUCCGGUCAAGGUGGUCGCCACCCAGACCUCAGCCCAGAACAUUAAACCCGGUCAGUCCGUGGCCGUGGGGGGAGUCGGCGGUUCCCAGUUCAAGACCAUCAUCCCUCUGGCCACGCAGCCCAACGUGCAGCAGAUCCAGGUCCCGGGAAGCCGGUUCCACUACGUCCGCCUGGUCACGGCGACCACGGCCAGCAGCACGGGGCAGCCCAGCGGGCCCAGCACCAGCUCCAUACAAACAGCUAAGCCCAUGGUGGUGGGGGCCGGCGCCGUCCGGAUGUCCGUCCCAAUCGUCCAGGCGCAGACCAUCAAACAGGUGGCGCCCAAACCCCUGACGUCAGCAGCUCAGGUGGUGACCACCCCCCAGACCCAGCAGCGCCUCAUCAUGCCGGCGACUCCUCUGCCCCAGAUCCAGCCCAACUUCACCAACCUGCCCCCGGGCACCGUCCUGGCACCAGCGCCCGGAGGAGGCAACGUGGGCUACGCCGUCGUACCAGCACAAUACGUCACACAGAUCCAACAGUCGCCUUUUGUGACUCUCGCCAGCAGCUCUGGUUUCUCUCCAUCCACCGGCAUCCAGACUCAGGCCAGACUCCCUCUCAACGGUUUGUCAACAGCUGAAUCGACAUCGAGGCCAAGAAAACCGUGUAACUGCACCAAGUCACAGUGUCUCAAGCUAUACUGCGACUGCUUCGCUAACGGAGAGUUCUGCAACAACUGCAACUGCAAUAACUGCUUCAACAACCUGGAGCACGAAACAGAGCGACUCAAAGCUAUAAAGACGUGUCUGGACCGAAAUCCAGAAGCCUUCAAACCUAAAAUCGGUAAAGGCAAAGAGGGCGAGUCGGACCGUCGCCACAGCAAAGGCUGCAACUGCAAACGGUCGGGCUGCCUGAAGAACUACUGCGAGUGCUACGAGGCGAAGAUCAUGUGCUCGUCCAUCUGUAAGUGCAUCGGCUGUAAAAACUUUGAGGAGAGCCCGGAGAGGAAGACGUUGAUGCAUUUGGCCGACGCGGCGGAAGUGAGAGUCCAGCAGCAGACGGCAGCAAAGACCAAACUGUCGUCUCAGAUCUCGGACCUGCUCAUGAGGACGGCGCCGGUUAUUUCCAGUGGAGGCGGGAGGCUGCCGUAUACGUUCGUGACGAAGGAGGUGCUGGAGGCGACGUGCGAGUGUCUCCUGGAACAGGCCAAGAAGGCAGAACAGACUCACCAGCCUCAGGCCGAGGCCGAGCGGCUCAUCCUGGAGGAGUUCGGACACUGUCUCAUGAGGAUAAUCAGCUCCGCGGGCAAAGCCAAAGCAGACUGUGCCUCCAUCAACUGCUAGGACGAGCUCACCUGACCCCCCCCCACCCACACCCCCACCUACACCCACCUACACCUACACCCACUCCCUCCACCUGCGAACCGAGAGGCAUGGAUUACUUUGCACUCUGUCUCGGAGCCCUGGGGUUUCUGUCUUUCCUGGAAAAACAGGAUGAUGGACCAAAGGCAGACGGACCCCACCCCUCCUCCUCCUCCUCCUCCUCCUCCUCCUCCUCCUCGCCUUAAGCUAGCUGAGGCCAGCUGGACUAAUAAACACAGAGCAGUUGUUUGUGCUCUUCACCUCCUCUAAGAGACGGACACGUGGACGGAGAGCGAACUGCCUUCAAACCUCUGACUGAACAGAAAAUUAAAAUAUUCUUUCACAAUAUUAUUUCCCCCUCAACGGCCCCGAUCAGAUCUGCUCUCUCUCUCUUUCUCUCUCUCUCUGUCUCUACUUGGGUUCUUCCAUUUUAAUUGUUCUUUCCCAUUUUAAGGUUUUCUCAUGAGAUGCUUGUGACUUUUAUGUAAUCAGUAUAUUUGUGCUUACAGUAGACGGAACAUCUUUUUGAUAUUUAUUUCGACAUGUACUCGUAAUCAUCGUGGGCGCUAAUGUCGUGUGGCUUAUAGUGCUUCAAACUGUUAAUUAUUAACCGAGGCUAGGCUAAAUUGUUUCCAAGGAGAUAAGUAGAGGCAGUCUUUGGAUUUUUUUUUUUUUUAAAAAAAGAAAAGAAAUCCUAAAUGCAAGUGUAAGGUGAAUUCACACACACAUACACACACAUACGAAGCAUUAUGCAAGAACACACACAAACACACUGCUCGGAAUAGAUGAAAACAUGGCUACACUGACGGAGGUGCACAAUUCUCCUGGUGCUGAUUUGUGUUUUAACAGUCACAUGCUUACUGUACAUUAAAAACAACGUGAAUUGAAGAUUA